CCGAAGAACAACCGAAGCGUGAUUGAAAAAUUGCUAAAUCAUUGAAUUUGAUAUUUCAUCAGAAAAAUCGCUAUAUAUCGCUCGAUCGUGAAGAAGGAAACACGGUUUGUUUUUUUAGUGUUUUAAAGAUGCCUCGUGGAAGAUCCAGAGCGCGUUCUUCGCCAGGAGGGGGCUUUUCUAGUCGUUCAAACGCACCGGCCCCUCGACCUUCAAGCAGUGUCUCAGCUCCACAAGGCACGAACGUUCAAAGAGGACCAGGUUUAUUUGGUCAGAUGGCUUCGACGGCCGCGGGAGUUGCCGUAGGAUCUACUGUUGGUCAUGUGGUUGGUGGCGCUUUAACUGGUGGUUUUCAUGACAACCAGAAUGCGGCAACAUCAGGACAACAGGAACCGACCAGUACAAUACAAGGUUCCAAUCCAUGCCAGUUUGAAUUUGAACAGUUUGUCCAGUGUGCUCAAAACCAACAUGACAUCACAUACUGCAAAGGCUUCAAUGAAGUCUUGAAACAAUGUAAAUUGGAACAUGGUUUGAUGUAACUCGACCGCAGAUGAAGUUUUGAUAAAAAAUAACAAAAUGCUUGUAAAAGUUUUUAUUUAUUUGGAAAUUAUAAAAAU